UGUUUACCAAUGUCUUUAUAAGUUGCUGCACAAACCCAUGUCUCUAGCAUUCUGUUGCAAAGCAGGACAGAAGCAUCACAUCCAUUCUCAGCACAUCAACUUAAGAGGUUAUGGCGAUGAGCAGACCUCUGACUUUGGGGCUCUGUGUUCUCUCCCUGCUGGUUCUGCCAGGCCAGACGGAGAAGUGUGAAUGCCAGGGUCCUACAGGGUAUCCUGGCCCUCGUGGGCCUGCUGGCCCUCCUGGCCCUUCUGGGACUGAUGGCCUUCCUGGGAUUGGUGGCCCUCCUGGGCUUUCUGGGACUGAUGGCCGUCCUGGGCCUUCUGGAGGCAUGCCUGGACUUCCUGGUCCACCUGGAAAGAGAGGUCUCCCUGGACUUCCUGGAUCUUAUGAACUUCCUGCUAUAGAUGGACGUAAUGUCCCUGGACCUCCUGGUCCGCCUGGACCCCCGGGCCCUGCAGGAGCUACUGACUUAGACCUGGAACCCCUGCAAGACAGCUUGAUCAAACUGGAGCUGGCCGUAAACUAUGACUUCACCAGAAGAGUUGACAAGAAGUACUUUGUGUCACACAAGAGAGCGGGUUCUUUUGACGAUGCUGUUCGGUUCUGUACCAAGAGGGGCUUGGUGUUGGCUUUGCCGAAGAACGAGGAGGAAAACACUGCUCUCACUCAGGUCUUUGAAGGGGCUCUGAAGAACGCAUGGCUCAAUGUUGACAACAGUAAAGAGGGGAAGUUUCAGGUGGAUUUGAAAGGCCAUCCCCUCACCUUUUCCAAAUGGGCAGAUGGGGAACCAAAAGUGCCCAAUGGGGAUAGAAGCUGUACCAUGUUGACAGAGUCAGGUGCAUGGCGGGUGACAUAUGAGUGCUCCUUCAAUGCCUAUAUCGUGUGUGAGAUAUAGGGACACCUCUAUGAAAUGCUGUUUCUGAGUUUGACCUUGAAAUCUCUAGGUUUUUUCCUGUGUGUAUUUCCAGUUGUUCUGCACCUUUCAUUCUUUCUUUAUUCACAUGAGGGGUAGAAUAGAAAAGGGAAACUUGUGGAAUAAAGCAACAAACACAUUUA